CAAUUUCUUUCGUGUCUCCCUCACAACGGGACAUUGGCUGAAUUUCUGUGUUUAAUGGAAAAAGGCCAGAAUUAAAAAAAAAAAACAAAAAAAAGAAAGCCAUUUAUAAGGUUUUUCUUCUAUAAGGUUACAAACGUGAGUGAGAUAGGAAAAAGUAUUUUUAUAAAAUCAAAAAUAAAAAGAAGAAAAUAUUUAUUCAGUCUAGGCUGUUACAAGGACUUGUGAAAGUCGAGAGCUACGCCAUCUGUUCGUUAAUCUAUUGCGAGAGACCUUGUACCAAGAAGAACCGGCAAGAAACUCGGCAAGGGCUGCUUUUUUUCUCCCUAUUUUAUUUCAUAUAGAGCGUUAAAAUUAAACUAUUACUCAUCAGCAACAAGUAAUAUAGCAAUAAAAAACUGUCAAUUUAUGGAAACCGAACAUGGGGGGGAGUGGCAGACGGAGCUGACUAUUUAACCGGGUAACCACCAAGGUCAUAUCAUUAUUGUUUAAUCAUAUUUACUAUCAAUAAGAAAGGAUUAUUCACCAAGGCAAUAGACAGGUACUAGUUGUUGAAAAUCGAUAACAAAAGACUAAAAAUAGUACCAUACUCAGAAAACUUGUAAUCGAAAACAAAAUUCAACCAGUAGCAUUGUUUGACACAUUAAGCAUAGACAAACUUUUAUUUGACAGUUAUUUGAAAAAUAAAAAGGACAAAAACCGAGCGGAAAUUACAAAAUAUUACUGCAAACAUUUUUAUACUGAAAACUGAAAUAAAAGUGCCACGAUGAAUCAUAUUUUUCAUUAGAAGUGUACGGUUUUUUGUGAGCUCUAAAUGAUGAGUGUAUAUUUUUUCUGUUUGACUUUCGUGGUUUGAUAUUAAAGAUGUAUACAUUGAAGGGAAUUUUUCCGGAACCCAAAAAGGACCAUAAAAAGAAUUUCAUCAGGGAAAAUAUGAAACAAUUGAAGUACAUUCAAGGCAAAUCGCCAAAAGAGCCCAAGUUUACAUUAAAAAACAUCCCUCCACCACGACUGACCAGUACAGUGACUACGGGAAACACUUUAGGUCAAGUAAAAUCUUCACCAUCAAAUAAAAGUGGGAAAGUAUCUCUAAACAUUGGUAAGACUAGUUCAACAUAUUCUCGUAAGAAGUAUCCAGAUGUUAAAAUAAAAAAAGGUGAUAUGGCAGAGUUUUUAAAAAGGAAACAACAAAGACAAGUGAUUAAACCUAUAGAUACAUCUGCUGAUGAGGAUGCAAGAUCUUCAGAAUCCUCUGGUCGGGCAAGAGAUAUUGGCUGCCAGACUGUGGAAUCUAACCUUUCUCAAAAAUUAUCAGACUGUGCCAAAUUAACUAUGAUUUACCCCAAAAAAGAAAUUGAAGAUGAUGCAAAGUUAAAAGCUAGUGGAGAUUCUGACCGUCGAUCACCAUCUCCAAAUAUGAAAAACCGCACAAGUGAAGAUAUUAUAGAAUUUGAAAGAAACCGUAGUCGUCUCAAUUCAAUAUUAGAAAGGAAAGAUAAAAAGGACCCAUAUUUGCCUUGUGGUUAUCAAAAAGGUGUAGUUCCUAAAUAUUUGCGUGAACGCAAAGAACAUGGUCCAAAAGAAAGUGAUGGUGCAGGAGCUGAUGUUGACCAGUCCACAUGUCCUCCAGGUCAUGUGACAUUACCAGAUACAGAGAGAAAAGAAACCUUACGUAUGCUUAGAAAUAGUUUUGCAGAAUUAGUAAGUGAAUUAAACAAAAUGCCAGUUAAAACUGACACACUUAGAAUGCGAAAUAGAAAGAUGGAACUGGAGAAACAACUGGCCAAACUAGAAGAGGGCAUCAAAGUAUUUUCUAGGCCUAAGGUUUUUGUCAAGAUAGGAGAAUGAAGUUUUCUAUUUUGAGAUAAACAAGUAACAAUGUAUGAUCAAUCUAAUACAUGCUACAUUUAAAUUUUAUGUUGAUUACACUUACACACAAGUUGAAAAUUUUAGUGAUUUUAUGAGUAAGUUAAUUUCUUGUAUUCUAGUUUAAUAUAAUAUUGUAUGUUAUGUACUGAAUUAUUGUAAUUAAUAUAAUGAUAUAUUUUGUAUGGUAUACAGUGUUUCUAUAACUUUUUGGAGAUAAUAUACUGAUUUUCAGUUAAAUUUGAUUGUUUGAUAAAAUAAAAAUGCUUGUAAGUAUAUAAUCACAGAAAUAUAUACUUAGUAACAAACAAAAUUAUGAUUGAGGAUUAGAUUUAAAAAACUUUAACAAUAUUUUUAAUGAAAAAAUCCUUAAAAAAUUCACUUCACCCUGAGGUACUAUGGGAAGGAACUUGAACCCACAACUUUUCGCAAUCUGUGCGACUGCUUUUAACCACUAAGCUGGGACCUUACAGGACUGACUAGUAUUGUGUAGUAUUGCGAAUGCAAAAUUAAUUUAUAAUAUCAAUAAUUUGACAUAUACUAUUUAGUCUUGUUAAAUGCAGAGAAUAAAACAAAUCAACUCUAGUCUAUUCAAGCAUCACAUGUAGAAAACUCAUUUUCACUAAACUAGAACAAGGCAUAGUUACAUCUUGCAAAUUGCCUAAGCAGAUAAAUUUAAUUCCAAAUAUACAUUUUAUGUCCAUGUAGAUUGAGGAGUCACUCAGAUUUUAAAUAGAACUUUACCCCUUUAUUUAAAUAAUUUUGUAUACUAAAUUCUGAAAUUUGUGGAAAAAUAUAUCCAUAUCAAUGUGAAAGAGGUUCUACAAUCUAAACAUCUGAAUUAAGGAGCCAUGUAAAACAUGUAAAGUACUUAUAGUAUAUUAAUGAAAAUAUUGUAUCAUUUGGUAGCAAUAAAUUUGAGAUGGUGCAUAUGUGAGACAAUUAUUGUUGAUAUUAAAGAGUAUACAAUACUUUUAAUGUGGCUCCUCAAUCUAUACAUAAGUGGAAAUUUCAGUAAAAGUAUAAAUUAAGUAAUAAAUAAUUUAUACUCCACUACAGAAAAACAUUUAAUAGUCUGUUCAAAUUUGUAGCAAAACAGAUAAGCAAGGUACCGCAUAACACAUUUCAUAACU